AUGCCACAACGCAGAAACAACUGCAUGUCUGAGCUGGUGAUACCCAAUGGCAUGCUUUUUCGCUUCAAUCUCUUGACUUGCAGCAUUACUGGGGGGCGGAUAUGCUGAGCGAGUUCAAAACUAUGCUCGAUGCUAAAGCAUACCCUCAGUCUAAGAUACCAAGAGCGCCUCUGGACAGAAUUGGCCAGUCACAGCGUAGUCCAGGUUUCGAUAUUCAAUUGACAGAUAGGUCUUCUCUUGCCAAACCACAAUGAUCAGCAUAUUCUUGAGAGUAAUGUAGUAGUCAAAACCAAAGUACAAUCGUCAAUACAUGUCUGUAGCAAGCAGAAUUCUAUAUAGAAGUCUUCAACGGUCCCAUGAAGCCGGAAAUCAGGGGCCAAACCGUUCAUGCGGCCCGAGCGUUGUCCCGGGCUGUCAGUGACACGGGGACCCCAUUGGCUCAGUGUGUUUGAGGCUGAGGCUGGCAGCAACACAAGGCGAGAGACCCCUGUAAUUGCCGUCGCCAUCAACUUCAAACACUAAACUGACAGCCAGCCGCCUUGCCCCUUGUUCUUUUUCUCGACAAGUCCACCACUCGAACCACCAGCGAUGAAUCCAUAAUUCACGGUGCCCCGAUUGUACCGACAACUGAUGGAUGCAACGCCGUUAUCCAGAUCCCCUCCGCCAUCACCCUCCCCGAUCCUUCCAGUUGCUCGUUCCGCGACCAGACAGUUUCCCCCUAUUCUCGAAGCACCAUCCCACGAUUGCGAAUCCUCGACAGAAAACAUGGGAAGCGCUCGCCGGUGGGCGAGAAAGAUUGAGCGCACAUGUUGCACUUGCGCCACGUAUUUUCCCUUGGCAUUCGUGUAUGGGAUAACAACUUGGGCCGUCUAUGUGUUGUGGGAUCUCUGCUCUGUGCCAUCGAGGGUGGAAUGGCUGGGUACCACUUAUAAACUUGUUGGCUUUGCCCUCUACGCCAUGCUCAACUGGUGCUACACCACUGCCGUAUUUACACCACCGGGAAGCACGACGAACGAUCAUGGCUACAGCACGCUACCGACCCACGCCGCCCCUUCGGCCACAUCAUACACCGUCAAGUCCAAUGGCGAGCUCCGUUUCUGCAAGAAAUGCCAGGCUCGGAAGCCCGACCGCGCCCAUCAUUGCUCCACCUGCCGCCGGUGUGUCCUCAAGAUGGACCAUCACUGCCCCUGGCUAGCAACCUGCAUCGGUCUUCGAAACCACAAGGCCUUCCUCCUUUUUCUCAUCUAUACCACGAUUUUCUCUCUAUACGCCUUCCUUGGCUCCGCCAGCUGGGUCUGGGAAGAGAUCUUCGCCAACACUACUUACGUCGAGAAUCUCAUGCCAGUUAACUACAUCUGCCUUGCCAUCGUUGCCGGUAUCAUCGGCAUUGUAGUCGGGGCAUUCACAGGGUGGCAUAUCUAUCUCGCUACCAGAGGCCAAACAACCAUCGAGUGCUUGGAGAAAACUAGAUAUUUGACCCCUCUCAGGGAAUCCAUGCACAGGACCUACAUCAACCAACACACUCCCGGUCAAGGCGUCCAGCUCCCUUCUUACGGUCAACAACUCCUCGAUAUUCAUCAAAACGCAAUUCCGGGUGUCACUCGGCCUGAAGAAGGCGAGGAACUUCGUCAAGAACCCUCGCAUCCCUCCGUCAACCCCGAGUUGCAAGCUGGCUCGAGGAGAUUUACACCCUCUGAAAUGGAGCAGUACCGGGCCCGCAAGCGCUAUGAAGAAUUCAUGGACGAGCAGGAUGCAACCAAACUUCCCAAUGCUUUCGACCUCGGCGCCAAGAGGAACCUGCUUCAUUUGUUUGGCCCUGUCCCGCUAUUAUGGCCGAUUCCAAUCUGCAACACGACUGGCGAUGGCUGGAGCUGGGAGCCCAGUCCCGAGUGGCUUGAGGCGAGAGACAGGAUCGCAAGAGAGCGGGAACAGCAACGGGAAAGAGAGCGGGUGGCAGGCUGGGGGGCUGAUUCGGAUUACCCUGAGCCUGAUCCUCAACCGCCCAUGGUGAGAGUGGAUGGCGGAGCAGGGAGACAUUAUUUACAGCCUUCCAGACCGGCCAGCAGAGUUCCGUCACCUUUGCCUUCUCCUGGUCACAGAAAGGCGCAAAGCAAAGCCGACAGGAUACUGGGCCGCGAUCCCAACCUCUAUGUGGACGAUCCCGCCAGCCCCGGGCUUGGAGCUGGGCAGCAGGAUGUUAAUCUGAGGAGGUUAAGUCCCGCCGGGCGGACGGUGGAGGAUGAGCUGGAGGAGAUUGAUAACGAGAUUGAUGAAGAGGAGCAGACUGAACAGGUGAAAAAGGAGGAGAUUAGGGCGAGGAAGGAGAGGAUAGCGAUGAAUGUGGUGACUAAUGGGCGGUGGGGUGCCGGGGCGAGGAGUCCGUUGCUGAUUAGCAGUCCCAGACUAGGACAGGGAGGAAGUGGGACGAGUUCACCGAGGCGGGGGGGGAUGGGCAGUGGUGCGAGUACGCCGAGGAGGGAGUAUGAUAGGGAGGAUGAUGAUGAUGGGGUUGAUUGAGCGGGCGAUACUUUUAGGAACCUUUUUUUCUUGAACAUUCUAGUAUGUGCUUUUGGAGAGCGUUUUUUUGCGACUUGCAGCUAGCUGUGUUUGGCCAUGGUUGUUUUCGUCGAGCGCUUUAGUUUUGCAUACUUUUUUCUUUUUAUUUAUUGUAGGGUAUGUGGGGCGGCAAUGUGUGUCUGGUAUAUAUGGCAACAGGAGACUGGAAAAGGGAGCUGGGAAGGGCAGGCAUUUGUGUUAAUAUAAUACUCUUACAACCAUGGUCUAUAUAUUAGGUCAACCGUGCUCCUUCC